AAUACUCAUCAAAUUCAUCUGAACACCGCAUUGUUCCUACUUUCAACGCCAUUUGGUCAUUUGAUAUGAAUUUUGUAGGCAGUUAACUGUUUGUCAAAAUGUGUGAAUGAGUUUUCCACUUCAACAACAAACAAGUUCAUCGCCAUUGUUGAGUGUGUGAAGUCGCCAUGACAAGCUCGGUGGAGCUUACUCUUCUCAUUGUCUAUGCCCUUUCAUUUUACCUUUUCAUUAUUCAUCGAUCUCUUCAAAUUGCCCGCGAUCAUUACGCCAAACUUUAUGGACUUCGAUCUGGUUGGAUCUUUCAUCGAUUCAAUGAUGUAUCUGAUGCUCAGUGGAGAAAUUUUCGGGGAAAUUUGAUGAUUCUUACGUUAGUGUUUGGUAUCUUCACUCUAGUAGCUACCUCAUGUAGAAAAUAUGGUCUAAAAGCAAAGGGAAUGUCGGUUGUUUGGCUGAUGGUUUCUUUGGUUUAUUUGACAUAUCUCCAUGGAGCUUGCGUCUUAUACAUCUUGUCUAUAGCUUCAGCUAAUUUUCUCCUAGUAAAGAUAUGCGGGAGAACAAAAUUUGUUUUUCUGCUUUGGAUCUUUAAUCUUACAUUCCUCAUAUGUAACCGUGUUUAUGAAGGGUAUCCAUUUUCUCUUUUUGGGCAAAAUUGGGCAUAUUUGGACAAUUACCGUGGCACUUUUAGGUGGCACAUCUGCUUCAAUUUUGGUAAAGAAUCUGUCUUUUAA